AUGAAGUCCUCCGAUAUCGACCAGGAUUUAUUUACAGACAGUUACUGCAAGGUGUGCAGUGCACAACUGAUAUCUGAAUCUCAGCGCGUGGCCCAUUACGAGAGUCGAAAACAUGCAAGCAAAGUCCGACUGUACUACAUGCUUCACCCUAGGGACGGUGGGUGUCCUGCCAAGAGGCUCCGGUCAGAAAACGGAAGUGGUGCUGAUAUGGUUGAUAAGAACAAGUGCUGCACACUCUGCAACAUGUCUUUUACCUCAGCGGUGGUGGCCGACUCCCAUUAUCAAGGCAAAAUCCAUGCCAAAAGGUUAAAACUGUUGCUAGGAGAGAAAACGCCACUAAAGGCCACAGCAACCCCCCUGAGCUCACUUAAGCCUCCGAGGGUGGACACUGCUCCGGUGGUCACAUCUCCCUAUCAAAGAAGAGAUUCAGACAGAUACUGCGGGCUCUGUGCAGCCUGGUUUAAUAAUCCCCUGAUGGCCCAGCAGCAUUAUGAUGGGAAGAAACACAAAAAGAAUGCGGCAAGAGUUGCUUUAUUAGAACAACUUGGGACAACUCUGGAUAUGGGGGAACUGAGAGGUCUGAGGCGCAAUUACAGAUGUACCAUCUGCAGUGUCUCUCUAAACUCAAUAGAACAGUAUCACGCCCACCUGAAAGGAUCUAAACAUCAGACCAACCUGAAGAAUAAGUAGUGAAAACAUCAAUCAAGAUGAGAAAAAAAUAUCAGGAUUUCUCUGCCAUGGAGAAUUGCUUAUCAACCACCAG